AGGAUGGUUGCCAAAGAAGAGAAGAGUACGAAGAUGACAAAAGUACCAGUCAGCAACGGAUUUGCUAGUCGUUCUGAACGGGUAAGACAAACAGCGCGAUUUGAUGAGGUCGCAAGAUGCCAACUCAACAUAGUUGAGCACUCGUCAACGAAGCGUCGAUGCUCUGGAAUCCUGAACCUCUGCGGGUGGAAGCUGUUCUACUCAGGUGUCGAUUUUACGACACACGCUCAGAUCACGCGGUUGGAAAAUAACGCCAAAGCUGCAAGUAUAGUAUACCUUGAGGAAGUCAGGGACUUAGUGGAGAAGAUAAAUUCGAAUUUCGCAUCUUUUUUGAAGAUUCUUGACUUCGCUGGUGAAGUGGUUUUUGACGAAGGAAAUGACGCAGAGUACUCACAAUACGGCAUAUCGAUUAAAGUGAAGUUUCGCGCCGAUGAACCGCUCAAAGUUCUUAAUGCUCAGCACCAGUCUGGCGGCGAACGAUCUCUUUCCACCAUCCUGUAUGUAUUUGCUCUGCAAGAGGUAUCCCAAGUGCCUUUCUGUUGUGUAGAUGAGAUAAAUCAAGGCAUGGAUCAAACAAACGAGCGAAUGAUUUUUGAGCUUAUGUUCAAGUUGCUUAAUAGCCGUGCUGCUUCUGCCAACAGCGAGACGAUACGGUCGCAGUACUUCAUGCUUACGCCAAAAGUUCUGAACAAUUUGUCAUACGGACCGAAUCUCCGCGUCUGGUUCGUGUACAACGGGACCAAUAUGGUAUCUGGCAAUAAGUGGAACAUAUCUGAUUUUUGUGCGAAAAUAAAAUAG